CCUGGCAACCAACGCCUGCCCAGGCCUAGGCCAGGAGUGGGUAAGGGGAGGGCCCAGCCUACUUCCCGUCUCCGUACAAGUCUGCUCUGGGGAGGGUGUCCCGGGGCUGUUAGCCACGUGCUGAGAGGCGGAGCAGGCAGUUAAGAGACCCACAAACUACCUGGCCCGACCUGAGGACAACAGCCUGCGGCGCCAUGAAGAAGCUUUUCUGCUUCCGGAGGAGGAAGGGAAAGCCCCACAGCCGUACCUCCUCAGACCUGCCCAUGGGCUUGGGCUACGACCUUCGAGACAAGGAUUUAAAGAAACUUCACAAAGCUGCUUCAGUAGGGGAUUCGGAGGAGCUGAGGAAGUAUCUCCAGCUCAAGAAACUUGAUGUGAACAUGCGGGACAAAGAAUACAGAACACCUUUGCACUUGGCCUGUGCUAAUGGAUAUAUGAAUAUCGUAUGUCUCCUAAUUGAGAAACAAUGUGAAAUAAAUGUCCUGGAUAGUGAAAACAGAUCUCCAUUGAUUAAGGCAGUACAAUGUCAAAGGGAGGAUUGUGUUACUGUUCUUCUAAGCUGUGGUGCAGACCCAGAACUGGUGGAUUUUAAUCAUAAUACUGCUCUACAUUAUGCUGUCUGUGGUCAAAGUGUCUCAUUAGUUGAAAAGUUGCUUAAACACAAAGCUAAUCUAGAAGCUAAAAAUAAGGAUGGGUAUACUCCACUUUUACUUGCUGUUAGUGAAAAUAAUGAAGAAAUGGUAAAAUUUCUUCUGAGGAAAGGGGCAGAUGUGAAUGCUACAGAUAACAAUCAAAGAACAGCCCUUAUGAUUGCUAUCAGUAAUGAACCAACAAGUUUAGUAAAUAUUCUUCUUCAGCAAGAUGUGGAUCUAUCUUGUCAAGAUAUUUAUGGAUUCACAGCUGAGGAAUAUGCUUCUUUUAAUGGUUUUACUGUAUACUAUCAAUUAAUUUCUAAUUAUGGAAUGAAGGAAAACAGCAAACAGAUGAAUUGUACUAAAUAGAUAACUUUGGACACUACAUGUGAUAUCAAAGAACUGAAGGAAGAUGUGCAACCAUUUCUGCAAAUCCUUUGCUGAUUCCUUGGAUUAAAAAAGCAUAUUUUAAAAGAGCUAUUAAGUGAACUAUCACAACAUUUUUGCUGACUACUCAUUUGAAGAAAAGUUUGUUAAAUGGAGAAGAAUUUUUUUUUUUUACCUUAGAAGGCGUAAACAUCUGUAUCAUGAACCAUCAGCUGAAAAGAUAGAAUUCGUGUUCAGUUUAUAGGCAGAGAAAAAUUUGUGGUUAAAAUAUUGAAUGAGAUACUGGUGAGAGUAAACUGUGUUAUGCAUGUAUUGGAACAUUUAAAUAAAAUAAAAAUACUAACAUCUCAGCUACAAAA